GAGAAUGUUUUGUGCCGAUAGUCUCGGAGUGAGCCUAGAGGCAGUGUUAUAUGGAAUGAUUUGGAAGUUAUCUCAUGAAACGAAUUGCUUAGGAGAGUAAUCGCUGUUGGUGCUUCGCACUGGCCCGUGGAGUUUCAGUUGGUGAAUGAGUCUCGUUCCGUGUGGAUGUUUCUUUUGUGUCUCGGUCGGAGGUGUUUUUUCUUUCUUUUAAUGUUUUAAAAUCGUUCAGCACUUUCUUGGAGGUUUUUGGAAGAAUUUUUGGGUUAUUGAGGGUGUCCUUCGGUGUUUUUUUUUUGUGCGCGGAAGAAAUUUGUUGCUUAGGCCUUUUGAUCCAAUUCUGUUUUGGGUUGAAAAUCUAUUAAAUUUCUCAAGUUACAAAAUCAACUUUUGAGGCGGGAAAAAAAGGUCACCAUGAGCGUUUCUUGGGGAUAUACAGCAACGAAUGGUCCACAGAAGUGGCCAGAGUGGUUCCCUUCGGCAUCUGGCCAUCGUCAGUCGCCCAUCAAUAUCACAACAACAGCCAGUAAGCAGGACAGUGACCUGAAAUCUCAGCCACUUCGAUGGAAGUACGUUCCGGACAAUACCCGAAGCCUGGUCAAUCCUGGCUACUGCUGGCGCGUAGAUGUCAAUGGGAAGGGAUCAGAAUUGACUGGAGGACCUCUGGGCACGGACAAAUACCUUCUGGAGCAGUUCCACUGUCACUGGGGAUGCUCCAACAACAAAGGAUCAGAGCACACAGUCGAUGGAGUCUCCUACUCCGGGGAGUUGCAUCUGGUCCACUGGAAUUCCACAAAAUAUCCCUCCUUCGGCGAAGCAGCCAAACAGCCCGAUGGUCUGGCUGUUCUGGGCGUCUUUCUCAAACCUGGGAAGCAUCAUGCGAAUCUGGACAAAAUCGUGCAGCUAAUGCCCUUCAUCACACACAAAGGCGACAGAGUGACCCUGCCCACUCCAUUGGAUCCGGGAACUCUUCUGCCGCCCACUUCUCGAGCCUACUGGACUUACUUGGGCUCCCUCACGACUCCUCCGUGCUCAGAAUCGGUGAUUUGGAUCAUUUUCAAGGAGCCCAUUGAGGUGUCUGAGGAGCAAUUGAAUGCCUUCCGGAAGCUACGGUGCCACGAUGUCUGCGAAGAUACUCCACGAGGGGAUCCGGCUUCUUCCUUCUCAGACGGUCUCGUGAUGAAUAACUACCGUCCACCGCUGCCGAUGGGCAACAGAGAACUGCGAGAAGUCGGUGGCCACUGAAAAGGGAAGGAGAGAGUCAUCCUGAAAAGGGGAUGAGAUCAUGCUCAAAACAAAAAAGCCAUAGCUAGAAAGAGUGCUUUCUCGAAACUUUUACUAAUGUUGAAGCUGUAUUUUUUUUGUCCAGGAAGUAGAUGAAGCACAUUCUCCGGAUUUGGAGGAUGUCUGAAGGAGGAGGAGGAACUGCACAAGAGAUAUUCUGUUUUAAUCGAAAAAGCCUUUAGAAGUGCCUAAAUUUAGUGAAUAGACUUAGUUAAAUUGUACCACUGAAAAUGUUCUAAAUGGGGCACCAGAUGCUCUUGCAUCUCCUGACCCUUUUGUAUUUCACUUUUAAUUUACUGCAAGUUAUAUACUGUAUAAUUGGUGUUGGUGGAAAAUUUAUUUACCAUUUUUUUAAGGGUUUUAACUAACCUUGAGAAAAUUUUAUCAUGUGAAAGUUGAAAAUGUUUUUUGAGUAGAAAAUAAAACUGUGAUCUAAAA